AUGUUAAUCCAAGAAACUCACAAAGAUGUUGCAACCAGAGCGGGGGGCAAAGACGGAUCAAUGAUCACUGGACCAGUUGCCAGAUUCGCAAGACAAAUCGCUGGUCAAGGCUAUAUUGUUGCAGCACCUUCAUCGUAUCAUGAAUUCACUGGUCCGGAGCCUUUAGCCUAUGAUGUUCCUGGAACUGAUGCCGGCAAUGAAUACAAAAUCACAAAGACUCUCGAAGCCUACGAUGAAGAUUCUACCCUGACAAUCGACUAUCUCCUGUCACUCCCUACCUGCAAUGGCCGCAUUGGCAGCACAGGAAUGUGUCUCGGUGGCCAUCUAGCCUACCGCUGUGCCCUCGAUUCCCGCGUUUCGGCAGCAGUAACAUAUUUCGCAACCGAUCUCCACAGCGCCACUCUUGGUCUCGGUAAGAAAGACGACAGUUUAGCGCGUGCUUGCGAGAUCAAGGGAGAACUUGCCAUGAUUCACGGAUGCAAGGAUAAUCAUGUACCUCCUGAGGGAAGAGACCUUAUUAGAAAAACUUUGAGGGAGAAGGGUAUUACAUUUAGUUGGUAUGAAGUUGCAUGGGCACAGCACGCAUUUAUCCGUGACGAACUAUCAAAAGGUCGCUACGACCCGGCCAUUUCUAAAACCUGUUUCGAGAUUCUUUUGGAACUAUUUGGACGAACCUUAAAGCUGGACCUAGGGCCACAUGAUGGCAAGGAACAGAAAAUCGAGGAUAUCUGUUAA